AGCGUGUGGGGUGUGUAUUGCACGUGCGUUUUCUCAGCGAAUCUCGUCUAGCGAACUUUGUCGUAGUCGCAUCUCGGCGACUUGUCUUAAUUCCGCGAAGUGUUUGUUUACGUUUGCAACCCGUAGCGGUGUCGUGUAGCGUUCACCUCGAGAUCCCGUUUUGCAUUUGCAGUUCUCGCGGUAAUUGGAGUGUGGAUCCUCGCAAGGACACCUGCCGCCCUCGCGUGGUGGCGCCAAACGUUUUCCCGUGCAGGGACUGGCUCGCGGGAAAGUUCACGCCAAGUGCAUUUUCGUGUUUGUGGAAAUUCCGUGUGGAGUGUGCUGCGGAGGAAUAGCUUUGAGGACGUGCACAGACCGUGAUUUUGUGUGUCGCGGAAAACCCGCCGUGGGCUUAAGGAAAGGCGAGAAGAAAGUUUUCUUUGGGCCCAGCAGUCGCGGAGCCCAACUUGCGGAUAAAUUGUUGCGGGGGCGCCCGGGCAACUGGAAAAGUGCAUUUCCAUCGCGGCCAACUUUUAGUGCAGUUUCGCGAGUGGUGCUUGGCCGUUGGCGCGAAUGUUUGGUGUGUGAAAGGCUCGAACACCUCCACUGGAGAAUUGUUGAUAGUCGAGCGCCCAGUGCAGUUCCGUGAUCGCGUGCAAAUUGUGCUCAAGGCGAAUUGUGUCGGCGACCGGCGUUUGCGAUUUUACUAUUCACGUUGUUUUUGGUCUUUGGUGGUUUCCAGAUUGCUCGCGACGGUUGGAUUAGAGGAUUAAGCCUGCUCGCUGCAGAUAUCUGGCGGAGUUAUCUGUUGAAUUCUCAAGAACCAGGUGAGGAGAAAUUAUCUGCCCACUUCGCUGUUGAUUACGGUGCAAUGGAACCACGACUGCUGCUAGCUACUUAGCUGCAACUCUGAUGUCUCAGACAAAAAGUUAACCGCUUGAGUGGGUUUUGGUUUUUGCUCGUUGUCGUCUAAAGCGAUCUCGUCUUUUAUAACGAAAGAAGAUUAUAUAAAAGACCGUGAAAACGUCACAUUAUCAUCGAACCAACAAAAUAUACCACCAAUAUGAUGUCCUUGAGAAUGCUUUUGAUAGUCCUAUCGGUUUUUGACUUCGGUAGCUGCCUACCAGUCACAUCAAAACCAAUUGAGAAUACACCAGAGCAUCUGGCCUGGGAGGCGUGGAUAAUGGUACCACCAACUCAAAAUAAAACCCGAAAAAUUACUCCAAAGUCCAUAUUUAUUCUCCCAAAUAAAACAACAAGUCCGCAAAUCAAUUGUCCACUCGGUCAUGUGGUGGAAAAUUCGAAAUGCAUACCAACUGUUCAGAUCGACAAACAUAUGAUAUUACUGAACAAUUUGGCGAUCCUACUCAAUAAUACAAGUCAAGAAUCUAAUCCUGAUUAUGAUUACGAUUACGAAGACCAAUAUAAGCUUAUUGCUGAAACAACUAAUAAUGUCCCGGAAACAAGCAAUCAUGCACCCGAUGAUGGUGAUGGACCGCUGAAGAUCGACUUACUGGAUCCGGGAUCUAUACGAGAUGAUAAUGUACACAUUAACGACUUCUCAUCCGAGGAAGAUGAAUUGGAUCCGAAGCCCUUUCGUGCCGAAGCAUCGUCGUCGACCCCAGCUACAACGACGACGACUGAGGUUACAAGCUCAAAUGGGAUACCUGAAUUUGUCAACGAGCCGGCGGCAGGAUCAACAACAAAUUCAUCAGCUUCAUCAACAACCACAGCUCAACCAGCAACUACUACACCACGGAUUUAUACAGAACCAUCCACAGCAGCAGCAACAACCACUGCAAUCAGUAAUUCCCCUUCAGCACCAAUCAGCAGUCCAUCAACCACUCUUCUCGAGGGUUUGUCAAGCACUGUUCAGCCUUCUUCAAUACUGCCUUCAAGCUUUGAUGCGAUACCUGCCAGCUCAUCCGUUCCACUGAUCAAUUCAAGUCCUUCUCAUGAAGAUGUUGGUUUCUCCAAUAACCACGCCGACAGUGGCGAAGACUAUAGUUAUCUUGAAGAAGAACAAACUAGGCCGACUACUGUUGAAGAUGAUGAAAGUACGGAGCCUGUCACUUCUCCAGAUUAUACAUCACCUGAUGUACACGAGGAGUUUGAAGAUGAAUCAUUUCGAGUGCAUGCAACCCAUCAAUCAACAACUGUUGAGGAGGCUCAGAAUAAUCCUGCUGUUGCUGAUGGUUUUUCGAAUUAUGAGGAGCAGAAAACAUCAUCUUUCCCAGUUUCGGAUACGCAUUCUACAUUGACUUCAUUAUACUCAGUUACAAAGCCAAUUACAACGCUCACUCCAGUGCUUCCUACCAAAUCUACGUUCUUCCCAUCCAACUUAGAAACAGUUAAGAGUACACAUAACUCCAACACGGACUUUAGCGAUACAACAAUUCGAUUCCAAGAUGACUCGAGUCACUUCACGGACAACAGUGAAAACAACGACCGCUUCGUAUAUCACCACCUGGGUUCGGUCCAAUCUAGUAAACGACCUGACCGUUCCGACCCAACUCCUCAGGACGUUCAAGAACAAUUGCGUAUGAUCAACAAAAUUGUCGAGGAGAACAAAAAACGCUCCGAAACCAGCUCAAAGGUGCGUUUCCCUUCCAACGCUUUCAUUCAAACGGACAACGUACGAGCGGAUUUCGUCCGCUUCCCCGAGUCAACAGCAUCCCAGCAAAUCACACCCACAAUGCCAACUCGUCUGUUUACUGCAGAGACGAAAGUUUUGCCAAUCCUUCGACAGCCUACUCUCCUGACGCCAACGUCAUCACUAAGCUCGUUCCCGAAUCCGCCUACAACUAUGACAACAGAACGACAGAACCCGAAACCGUUCUGGUGGCUUCCAUCCAGUUGGGAAGUGGACCGGGACGGGGAUAAGCCACUAUUGCUGAGAUUUUGGUCGCGAGCUUCGCCAACAUCGCCAACGGGCACAAUGAGCUCAACAGCGACCACAGGUUUUCGAGAGAAUUCCCGACGUCCAACCGACAAUUUGUAUCGAGAGAUCUCAGCGCAGGAUUUCUACAAGGUUUUAGGCGCUCGGAAUAAUCGACAUCAUAACACAAAUGAAUUUACUUAAGGGGAUGCUGUUUGUGGAAGCUAACCAAUUGGUUUUUUAUUAGGUGUAGUAGAGGAAGUAUGGUUCGAUAAAGCUUUUGACUUUUUUUAGAAAAAAGAUACAACAAAAAAAAAGUAGAAUAGAAUAAGUAACACACAAAAGAACCCAGAAAUGAUAUAAUUUAAACAAAAACAUUGUAAAUAUGAUGAGCUAAAUGUAAUUUCGAUGUUAAACUAAUUUUUUUAAGUAAUUUAAUUUAAAUCUAUAUAUUUUUUAUUUUAUCCUUAACGUGUAUUUUAACUAGUUUAAGAGUUCGGUUUUAAUAUUUUUGUAUUAUAACAGAGUACAAGAUUUAAUACUUAAGUGUUGAAAGUAAAAAGCUCGAUUCAAAUAACCAAAUGAAGAAAUAGAUGUUUUGCGAUUACAAAGUAGCGUCGUCAGGAAAUAUGUGCUCAGAGCAGUGUCCUGUAGUUUAAAUUUGUCUCUUUGAUGUCUAUCCAACGAAAUGUAUUGCCAAUUUUGCACAUGAGUUUCAAAAUGUGGUCAAUAAGAUAGGGUUUUCUAAUAUACCUCUUCCUAAUUAUGUUUGGCAAUUCUAGCCCUUAGAAAUGCACAACUAAACAUUUUGAUUCCGAUAUUUUACAAGGUUCGAUGAGAGCCUUUCCAGCGGAAACUGUCGCUGAGAGCAUGAUCAACUUCCUUCGAAUUAAUGUUGCUUUCUGUACAUGGGAUCGAGUCCUCCUGAAGGCCCGACAACCGUGUGUUUAUAUUGUUCAUUCAAUGAGUAUUAGCUUUGACUGUCUUUAGUCCCUUGGAGCCUUAUUUGCAAAUUUCUUUUCAAUUUUUGUCAAAUCGCUUAAUGCCUCCUUCAGCCAAAUUUCUGGUUGCACAUUGUAUAAUCUGACAAUGUAUUCAGCCAGUAUCAGAGUAGUACAUCGGACUCUCUGGGUUCUGGCUGAAGGUUGGAGGGUCCUUUUUGGCUUGCGGUACUGGAACUGCCAAUAGUCUUGACUGAAGUGUUGAAUUUAUGUAGUGCCCCUUGUUUUUCACGGGACUACAAUUUCAAGACUCUUCUACAUAACCAUGACCUACAUGAACCAAUGUGAGGUCAUCCCUUACACGAAUUCCUGCUCGAAACACAUAUUUCCUUGAAGCAUGCAAUGUAAUCUCACGUUUCACGACCAUAACGAUUCAAAGGAGGUCACGAAACGAAUAGGCGUAGAAAUGCUGAACCCUUAACGAAACAGAAACAAAAAGCUUUUAUUUGUACAAUGCCAAUAUGACUAUUUAGAGAAUUUUAUAAAUAUAUUUUUUAUUCUGUACAUUAUCCUUUUCUAGUUUUAAACUUAACAACGUAGGAUUGUGCAUUAUCGUCAUAUUAUGUACAUGUACGAGUCUGUAUGUAUUAACAAAGCCAAGCCAAGCAAUAACGUUUUUCCGCAACACACUUAAUCACUUUUUGGCAGAAUAUCAUUUCUCCUCAAAUAACAGCGAACGUAGUAUGUACUUUGUAAAUGUUAAUAUGAUAUUUAUGUUAAUAAUUUAAUUGAUAGAUUUACCGUUGUAUAAAAUGUGUUGCAUAUAUAUAUAUUAAAUGAUACUAUUGUAGAGCGUUAAGGGAGUAAUCAUGAGCAUGCAAACAAAUAAAGUAUAUGAUGCUGUCACGAGUUAUUUAAGAGGCCUAUAUUAGGACUUACAGCGAAGUUGUAACAGCAUUUUUUAAAUCAA